CACAUGCAAAGAGGUGUAGAUUCUGAUGCUCUCACGGGCCCUGCCGUCUGGUCGGGAUGGAGUACUCAGGCAUGUCAGAGUCCACCACCUCUAUUGACUAUGACCUUCACAGCCUGCUGUGUGACAACACAACCUUCGUCUUUGCCACCAUCACCACCACCAUCCUGUACUGCCUGGUGUUCCUGCUCAGCCUGGUGGGCAACAGCCUGGUGCUAUGGGUCCUGGUGAAGUAUGAGAGCCUGGAGUCCCUCACCAACGUCUUCAUCCUCAACCUGUGCCUGUCAGACCUGGUGUUCUCCUGCUUGUUGCCCGUGUGGAUCUCGGAGUACCACUGGGACUGGGUGCUGGGGGACUUCCUCUGCCAGCUCCUCAGUAUGAUCUUCUGCAUCAGCCUCUACAGCAGCAUCUUCUUCCUGACCAUCAUGACCAUCCACCGCUACCUGUCCGUGGUGAGGCCCCUGUCCACGCUGCGUGUGCACACGCUCCGCUGCCGCGUGCUGGCGACCACAGCCGUGUGGUCGGCCAGCAUCCUGUUCUCCAUCCCCGACGCCAUCUCCCACCGGGUGCGUUCCGAGGGCAGCUGCGAUUAUUCCGGACGCGCGUGGUUCCUGGCCUCGGUCUACCAGCACAACGUCGUCUUCCUGCUGUCGGCCGCGGUCAUCCUGUUCUGCUACGCGCAGAUUCUCAGGACGCUGCUCCGCUCGCGCUCCAGGCGGCGGCCCCGCACCGUCAGGCUCAUCCUCGCCGUGGUGGCGGCGCACUUCCUCAGCUGGGCGCCCUACAACCUCCUCCUGUUCCUGAAGACGCUGCCGCACGUCGGGGUCUUCCAGACCUGCGAGGCCAGGCGGCGGCUGGAGUACGCCCUGCCCGUCUGCCGCAACCUCGCCUUCUCCCACUGCUGCUUCAACCCCGUGCUCUACGUCUUCGUCGGGGUCAAGUUCCGCGCGCACCUCAAAAGUCUCCUCCGCAAGCUCUGGGGCCGCGGGCCGCAGGCGCCCAUCCCCCCGCUGUCCCCCCGGUCCCCUGGCGCCUCCGCCCACGACGGCGCCUCCUUCUACUGAGAGCGGUGUGGUGGCGGGGCGCACGGGGACGGGCCGGCGGGGGGCAAGGAGCGCCCGACCAGGAAGGAGCCUUGCGGGGGACGCCACGCCACGGUGGGGACGCCACCUCCCGCUGCAGGCGUGGGGCGAAAGAAAUUCAGCACCCCAGUGGGCCCGCGAGCCCCUCCUCUGCGGACAAGUGGCUUUCCACCUGGGAGGUUUUGUUUGUUUGUUUGUUGAGGUUGCAUAAAAAUACUUUUAUGUCAAAUUUUGUCCUUAAGAAUAAUUACCAAAAGAUGCACAGAUUUACUUUAGACUUAAAUGUUUUGUGAACAUCAGUUGUCCUUAAUG